UUUACAAGCUUAAAACUUCCGCUCCGCGUUCUACAAUUCCGAUCAAAACUAAUCUCUCACGAAAUACUUUAAAGACCGCGCCAAUUCUUGGGUUUUUUCUUUCAAUUUUCAGGCGUCGAAUCGAUUCUCCUUAAUUUUUUUUGCUCUCUUGAUCUCAACCAUGAACUGCGAAGUCUGUCAACUAAAAGAACUGGAUGUGGAGCACUUCGAGAUACGGGAAGUUCUUCGCUGCAUACUACACACCAUUGUAUUUCAUCGGGCUUUAGGUCUCGUAAGGCCUAAAGACAUUGACUUGGAACUUUUUGAAAUCACAUAUGUCCAAUGUGGGGAUGUAGAAGUUGAAAAGAAACUUGAUGAGAAGAUUGACCAGUUCAUAAGUUGGGUCGAGAAACACCCAAACAAGAAACGUCAGGUGUGCAUAUCUUUCUAUGAAAGGAAAAACAAACAGCAUCCGUGGUACAAAAAAAUUGAACGAUUAUAUUGGGAGCAGUGGCAUGUAAAUUUGAAUGUGACACAGCAUCCAAAGGCACAUUCUAGCAAGUCUCAUCAUUCCAAAGUGGUUGUUGACCCAGGAGAGGGGAGAUCAGAAGAUAGAAGUGUGAGGAGGGCUGCACUGGAAGCUUCUCUUCGUGAGGUUUUGUUUCAAAUAAUAAAAUUUGUCAAUGAGAAGAAGGAUCACGUUCCCCCCAUUACUGAUGGCGUCAUGUACUUUCCAUAUGAAAUUACUAUCCCAAGCUUCACUGAUCAGUUGAUAAUCUGGUGCUAUUACUCAGUUCGUCAGAUUCUGCCAUGGACAUGUUUAAGAGGAUGCUUCAAACUGGUCACCCAACCAUGCUCAGCUGAUUAUCGGAGUCGACAAGCAGAAUAACAUGAUAAUAUUUCCAAUUUAUAUUGAAACCAGUCUAAGAUGCUUAUCCAAAUCUGGAACUAUUGGCAUUUUGAAAGAAGAGCAGAGUAAAAAUGGAGAGCAUGAAAGACUCUGUGUUGGUUCAUGAAACCUCCUGUCAUGGGGCUUCUGGUCACUGCUUUGGACCUUGGCGCUUCUGGAGUCAGUCCUAAACAGGUAGAUAUGAUCUUUGUUUCUGUUUCUGAUUAUGUGCAACCACUAUUGGAAUUCAUGGCCGGCCUCCCUGAAGAUGAGAGAAUUAUAUUAAUCUCGUCUGUGGAGAACCAGAACCCUGUAAUUAAGGCAUUCUCGAAAGCAUAAGAAUUUGUUUCUUGAG